UGGCCUGAUCCCAUUCCCCUACUCUCCUCUGUCCCAUCCUUCCAUCCCCCUUCUCUCCACCCCCAUCCAUCUCUUCCUAUCCCUCCAAUCCCCUCAUCCCACCCCUUCUCCCCUCCCACCUCAUCCCGCCUUCUCUCCAUCCCUCCCCUCCCCUUGCUCCCAACCCUCCACGCCCUCACUCUUCUCCAUCCCCUGUUCCCAUUUCCCCAACUGCACCACUUUCCUCCCCCAUCCUCCUAGCUCCACUACCCCUUUCCAUUCCCUACCCCUGUUCCCAUUUUCCCCCCUCCUGCUCUCCUCCACUCCCCCUCCCUAUUCCCCUUUCCCCCUCCAUUCCCCCUGCUCCACUUUUCCCAUCAUCUCUCCAUCCCUCACCUGCAUAGAGUCACAGCAUGGUCCAGCUUAGUGGGCUGGGCAUGAGGACUCCUGGGUUCUGUUCCCAGCUGCACCUCCUGAGCCCACAUUUCCAAACUUUCAUUGUCCUCCAUAUUGAAGCACCUAAUUAAAUGGCCUGGUAUCCUGAGGGGCUGAGUACUAAGCAUUGUCUCCCACGGAGAUCCGUGAGAGCGGCAGGUGCUCAGCACCUCUGAACUCUGCUCACCUUUAUGCAGUAAAAUGGAGGAGUUGAACCAGGCACUGGCUUCCAGCUUUGCAGUGUCUCAGGACCUAAACAGCACAGCAGCCCCUCACCCCCGACUGGCACAGUACAAGUCCAAGUACAGUUCCUUGGAGCAGGCAGAGAGGAGACGUCGGCUCCUGGAACUUCAGAAAUCUAAGAGAUUGGACUAUGUGAACCAUGCCAGGAGACUGGCAGAGGAUGACUGGACUGGAGCUGAGAGGGAGGAGGAAAGUGAAGAUGCGGGCAAUGAGGAUAUGGACGUUGACGUGGGCAAGAAGUUGCCAAAGCGCUAUGCUAACCAACUAAUGCUUUCUGAGUGGCUGAUUGAUGUCCCCCCAGAUCUGGAACAAGAAUGGAUCCUGGUGAUGUGUCCCAUGGGGAAAAGGGCACUGAUUGUGGCAUCCAGGGGCUCCACUGCAGCUUACACCAAGAGUGGAUUUUGUGUCAACAGGUUCCCCUCCCUCUUGCCAGGGGGAAACAGGCGCAAUUCGGCAACUGGGAAAGACUACACGAUCUUGGACUGUAUCUUCAGCGAAGUGAACCAGACGUACUACAUCCUUGAUGUGAUGUGUUGGAGGGGGCAUCCUGUUUAUGACUGUCAGACAGAUUUCCGAUUCUACUGGCUUCAUUCUAAGAUACAAGAAGAGGAAGGGCUGGCAGAGAAAAGCAGAAUUAAUCCAUUUAAAUUUGUGGGCCUGCAGAGUUUCCCCUGCACCCCAGAGAGCCUAGGCAAGGUGCUGGCCAUGGACUUUCCCUUUGAGAUAGAUGGGCUCCUCUUCUACCACAAACAAACCCACUACAGCCCUGGCAGCACCCCACUGGUGGGCUGGCUCCGACCCUACAUGGUAUCAGACAUCCUUGGGAUGACUGUGCCAGCUAAUCCGCUAACUACCAAACCAGACUACGCCGGGCACCAGCUCCAGCAGAUCAUUGAGCAUAAGAAGAGUAAAAAGCUGGCAGGAGAGGAGGGAUGCUUGAGCUCCAAGGAGGUGGCUGAGAACGGACGUUAUGAGUUGGAACACUUGUCUACACCUCGUCCGGCAGAAUCUCCCAACAGCCAAGUUGAGACAGCAAGCCACAUGGAGAGCUAGACUACUGUAAUGGGAUGGUUUUAUUGAGAGGGUGAGGGGCUACAGUGCAGCCUUCUUGUUUUCCAUUAUUGCUCAUACUGGCUGGGAGGAGGAUAAUGAUCAUUGGAUGGCUCUGUUUUAAGUGCCUUUAAGAGAAAUAGGUCAGCUUUAACACAGUUUUUGCAAGGACUGUCACUUCUGUGGAGAUGCUAAGGAUUAGUCUUACCUGCUGAGGAAAUCUGCUCUUGGGAUUGCAGCCUGUACCAAACUGCAUGGUUAUUCAUUUAGAACCUGAUCCUGUUCCUAUUGAAAUCCAUGGCAAAACUCCAUUCUCAGAGCAGGAUUCAGACACUUCUUUGUAAACUGAACACCAAAUACCAGGCCUCAGACAAACCUUAUUAGGCUGAAAAUCUGGGGCAUUUCCACCUCCAAUCCAGUGGUUUGCACUUAAUACCCUUUCGAAGAAAGUUUUGUGGUCAGUCUGAUUCUAGUUUCAGAGGGUUGCACUAUAAGCCUAAAAUCUGAAGGCUGUGUUCGACACCCACAUGUUACUGAGAAACAGACUUUCCUUGCAUCAGAACAGGCCCCUGUAUCGAAAAAUGGCCAUGUGCAAAAAGAACUCAGCAUAAUUUUAUUCUCUGACCCUUUUUGCAAUAGGGGAAAUGCCCAAGUCAUGUUGAAUCUUUGUGGUUGAAUGUGCAGAAUAAAAUGUUUCACAGAAAUAUUAA